AAAAGCUGAAAUCUAACUACGGGAAUAUCUAUUUAAUAAAAUAUUUAAAUUCUUUAGAUAGCAUUACCGUCGAUACGCUAGUUGAGAUAUUAGUGAAUACGGGAGAUAUAUACCCAACGGGACGGUUAAUUAGGAAUUUAACCUUAAAAUUAGCUUUGAAUUUAGACAAUAAUGGUAUUACUACCGUAGUGAACGAGUUAUUAUCGAAAGUAAUCCACAACAAUCUAAACAACAAAGUCAAGGCGUCAAUCUUCUUUAUUUUGGGUGAAGUCAUUUCAAACAACUCGGGAAAGUUCUCAUCAGCUAGUGUGGAUUUAUAUGAUAUCUCAUUGAAAUAUCUCAGAAAUACAAACCUCACUUGUCAUCUUCGCUUUCACUCUGGUUUAGUUAUCGCAAAGAUAAUCGCAACUUCCCCUAGUAUUCUCAAGGAUAAUAGAAUUAAAGAUCUAUUAAAAUGUUUGAAGAAUUACAUGACUGACAAGUCUUAUCCAAUUCAAAGAGUUUCAACAAUAUGCCUUCUCAAUCUCAGUUUAUAUACCCAGUAUCUUUCCAGCAACCAAGACAUCGAAUAUUUUGCUAACACUUGCGUAAAAGCUGCUGAAGUUGUUGACCAGCAUACGAGACAAUAUCAUACUGAACUCGUCGCACAGUUGUUAGCAUCUACACAAUUUAAAAUUAAACAACAACCUCAGCAGUCAAAGUUAUUAGCAAAAAGACAGACGCAAAAGAAGGCUGACAAAGAUGAUAAUGAUAAUGAUGAAUCUGCCAAUGCACCUGCUGUUGGGUUGAUGAGUACAGAUGAAAUGCUUAAAAUCCUCUCUCCUGUGUUCACGAAGGGCCAGAGAAAGAUCAAAUUAAUCGUCUUAGAAGUUUACGCAAGACUUUUUUUAAUAAUGGGAUCCAGUUGGGUUGAACAUAACUAUCAAUUAAUCGUCAAUCACUUAAUAUGCAACUUAAUGGAAUCAAACUUCAACAGGAAUAGCGACCUUCUUACCAUCAGAUCGUCUUUGAUUUUAAUCUUUAGAGACACCAUAGGGAAAACCCUGCUUAGUGAGCAAGGCCAAGUAAUCGCGAUGAAUGUGUUGCUUGAUGGUGUUCUCAGCAAGACUUCAGUAAGUUCACCGACUCAAUUUGGAUAUUCAGACAACUCCCUUGUUGUUGCCAUUGAGGAAACUGUUGGAUUACUUGACCAACUUGGAAGUGUACCUAUUCAGUCCCAAGAUAAGCUUCCUGAUGUAAUGUUCAAGUUAAUCGCACAUCCUGCAUUCAGUGUACAAGUAGCUACAUCUAGACUAUUUCGUCAAUUCCAUUACCUAUGUCCAACCUUUUUGGAGCCAUCACUUAGCAAGAUUUUAGAUUUGCUUGAAAAGAAAUUGUCGCAUUUGAGAACUCCUAAUGCAGCGUCUAACGUCGCCUUCAACUCAAUAGGCUAUGCUUGUGCUGUCAGCAGUCUUAUAGGCUUGUUCAAACAAAGACCUUUGAAUACUCCAAUUGAAAUACCACACAAAGUCUUCGAAUUAUCGCAAAGUUUGUUAAAGUUAAGCGGGGAAUGUGAAUUUGACCAGGCUUCGAUCCAUAUACAAGUUGCGUGGAUACUCAUUGAUUCUUUAAUGUCAAUUGGACCUCAAUUCACGUCAUCAAUCUUGAAUCAACUGCUGUUGCUAUGGCGUAACUCGCUAAGUAAAGUAGAUCUACAGGCCUCCUCACCAAAAACUCAAAUUGAGUGGACCUUUUUGUCUCAUAUUAGAGAAUGCGCUUUAAGUGCUUUACUGGCGUUCUUAAAGUUCAACGCAUCUGAGCUAUUGACAAUGGAUUUGUCUAGAAAGUUUACGAAUAUGUUGAUAAACUCCUUGACAUUUUCGAUUGCUUUCAAUAGUGCACACAUGGACUUGUUGAAUGACCAAAUUCCAUCAGGGGCAUGUGCACAUCCUAAUAUCGGUCUUUUGGAUAGAGAUAUACUAAUAAGAAGACGUAUAUUUCAAUGUGCCGUAUAUUUAGAUAUUGGAACACAAACCGAUUCGCUAACAAGCUUGGUUGAGGCUGCUUUUAAUGAGUUUGGCGAUUCGAAUAGAUACGCAGGAUCUGCCGCUCAAGCUACUAUAGCUUCUAAUACAGGUUCCUUUGCAUCUAUUUGGAAUGUUGGCGAUGGAUACGGCUAUGGUUUGACUAGCUUACAUGAAGUUGCAAAUUUGGAAAGAAAUGAUGGAAUAUCUGAGAUGCUUCUCAAAGAGUUACGCAGACCUUCACCUACUGCUUAUGAGCAUGACAUACUUAAUUUAUGGGAAGUAAAUGAUUCAUUGACAACGUCACGUUCGGCACCAGCUACCGGGGUAGUUGACGCUUCAAUCACUCUCUUUGCAUUACGAUUGACCGAUUUAGAUUCAACGUCUAUGGUUAGACUGUUUGACAGCGUUAGAGCAUCAGUUAAAAACCCUAAAUUAGAUCGUAAUCCUGGUCGCAAAUUAUCCAUACUCGUUAAUACUCUAGUAGCUAUUGUCGGAUUUUUAAACAAUGGCAAAACGCUCAAGUUACGGACAGUGCUUAAUGUAGCCCCUAUACGCAAUACCUUACAAGAAUUAUUCGAAUAUGCUAUCGUCAAUGAUGAAGCUUCAUUGAGGCGCCUUGGUGCAGAAGCACUGGGGAAGCUUAUUGCUCUAACAGCAGAUAGAACAUUCCUGACAUCCCAGUCGAGAUAUUACAUGGAUUUGAUUGUAAACAAUCGUGCACCAUCAAUUAGAUGCGGUAGCGCAAUAACGCUUAGUGCAAUAUACAAGCAGGUUGGUAGUUUAGCAGCUGGUCCUUUACUUAAUACGAUCGUGGACAUUUUGACAUCAUUAUCUUCAGAUUCGCAUCCUGAAGUUCAUUAUUAUUCAUUAGAGGCAUUUCAAACAAUAGUUGAGGCAGCCGGGUCGGCGUUCAGUCCAUACAUCACGCGUACAUUAGGUUUACUUGCAAGUAUAUUCAAUUGGGAGUCACACGAACCUGAAGGUGGUCAAACAAUAAUAAGUAACAAUAUUAGAUCAGAAUAUACAUUAUACAAAGUACUAUGCUCCAUUCUUGAUGCUAUAAUCGGCAUUCUGGGUCCUGAACUAAAUGAAAUGACGGAAGUAAGAGAAUUGCUAUUCUUAUUAGUAAAACAAAUGAUGAAAGAAAAGGACAAUGUGGUUAAAGAGAAGGCUUUGAAGUCUCUUCAACAAUUUGCAAUGUUUGCACCUAAACAUACUGAUAUACCUUUGCUUUUAAAAACAUUCCAGAGUGCUUUGAAAUCUUCUAACAAGAGUAUUCAGAAUUCUGCAGUUAAUGGUUUGUAUCAGAUAGCACAGAAAUAUGUCAAAGAAAUUUCACAAAUUGGUGGGGAUAGUCUUGCGGAAAAUCUAUUCGGACUUCUCGAUCAAGAACCAGGUCACGAUGGUAUUAAACUUCUUCUUCUAAGUUGGUUGAGGCAAACAGCCGAAAUUAAUGCGCAAGGAUGGUUGAGUAUUUGCCAGAAAGUUUUUACAAAAGCAGGUGCUUCAAACAAUACAAAGGGUAUCAAUAAGCAAGAUAAUAAAGACGCCGACGAAGAGGUUCAAGGCUUAGGCGCUGGUGAGGAAGAAGAUGUUAGGAGUUUAUCUAGUUGGCAAACUCAGUUAUUCGCUUUGGAAUGCGUUCAUCACCUUUUGGGCAAUAAGACAUCAAAGGAUGCGAACAAUCCUAGUGUAGCUGCUAGAAGUCUUCAAGGACGUGUUGCAGAACUAAUUAAAUUAGCGUUCAUUGCAUCUACAUCUAGAGUUGAGGCUAUUAGAAUCAAAGGGUUAAUCAUUCUUCGAGAUGUCAUUGAAGUUUUCGCUGAGUUUAGAGACAGUCAUGAUAAUGAUGCCAGUCUGUUGGAACAACAUCAAGCACCAAUCACUGCAGCGAUUACUCCUGCAUUUGGCCAGGAUUCAACACCUGACAUUCUUGCGCUCGCUAUACAAGUUUGUGCAACAUAUGUGAGGAGUGGAAUAGUGAAGGAUGUAUCAAAAAUGGGAAGAAUCUUAAAGCUCCUCUCAGGUACAUUAUCACAAUUUAAAGACCCUUCUAAUACAUCCAUACAAAUUGGUGAGAUGAAAAACCUGUGUAUUACAGCGAAGAAGAUGUUGAGAGUAUCAACUCUGACGGCGUGGGCUGAACUAGUCGCAGCAUAUCCUAUCAGACCACAUCUGGGAGAGGUCUUUGAGCCAUUCUGGUUUGAAUUGAUUCCUUUAUGGGCCGAAAUCAUUGAAAAUUACGCUGAGAUUCGCGAGAAUACUGCCAAUGAUGACGUUCUUGUUCAACAGAUACUGUUGCCUUACUACGAUCAAAAUUGGAUGAAAAUCCUCAAUGCAUUCGUCACAUCUCUUGAUAAGAAACCUGAAUUAGCGAAGGAGUUUAUUUGCAUUGAUGGAGCAAAGAAAAGUGGUGUUCAAUUUCAAAUUAUCUAUGGAUUGGCCUUCUCUACUUUGGUAACUGAAUAUGAAAAUAUUCCAAAUGCAUUAAUCGCACUUAAUACUAUUGGAAUGCUAAUCAAAACGCCUGGUUCUGACUAUUGGAUUUUAGAGGACAACUUUUUUGAGGAGCUACUCGAGUUAGUAUGGAAAUUAACCAUUAAAUCACCAUUCCAAAUACGUGGUAAAAUACUAGGACUGUUAGGCAAAAUGUCUAAAUUCUAUGAUGGAAAGCUUGUCGAUAAUAUUGAAAUACCGUCAAGUCCUGAUUCUCAAUUCGGAAAGAGUCUUCCAAAGAAAUCAAAGGUCACAAGGUGUUUACAACUGAUUUACUUGAUAUUGAGUGGGUGUCUUGAUGAAAAUUCGAGCGUUCUGAAUUGGAGCAUGGAACAUAAAGCAUACGUUGCCAAAUCUGCUUUUAUUACCUAUCUGGAUGUAAGCGAUUCAUUAGCUGCAACCACAAGGGUGGAAUUAUUCGCUGUGGUCCUCCACAAGUACGCUGAGCUUUUGAAACGCGAAGACGGUUCAAUCCAUAUAGCUGCUGUACUCUCGCCUUGUUUGAAAGUAGUAUUAGAUCAUGCAAGUGAUUUCACUGGUGAUAACCUCAGCGUUCUAAAGAAAACAAUUCAUGGCUUUAUAUCAUUCUCUCUUCAGACAAUUGAUGAAAUCAAAUUGAGGGAAGGACCAGCUAUUUCCGCUAAACGGAAAUACAAUCUGUUAGCCAUAGUAUCACUCUUAGUAUCAACACCUGAUCAUAUUAGUCUCUCAAAGGAAGUUGUCGAGCAUUGUUGCGAUAUUCUCUGUGACUGUCUUCUUUCAAAUGACAAAGAACAUGAAGGAAUGACUGGAGUCGUGCUUGGAAGCUUCAACAAACUAUCAGAACCAAGUGAAUUGAAAGUGUUACGUUAUGCUACUGUUUACCUCUUAAAGAAACUCGUGCAGAAGAGUAUGAUAGAAGAACUUCCUGAUGAAGUAUUCGCAUUUUUCACUGCAAUCAUCAAAAAUGAUAGUUUGAUUGGCCAGGAAGCUCAGUUAUAUAAUAAUAUCAUCCCUGCAUGUGUGAAAAAGAUAAGUGGAACUGAUUCCAAAGAUGCAGCAUCAAAUUGUUUGCUCAGUAUGGCAAGUAAAGAUGCUUUAGCUUUCAAAGCUGCAACGGCUAGGAUAGACGGAGAGGACAGAAAGGUAUUGGAAGCAACAAUGAGAGAUACUGUACUCAAACAAACUGGCGUCAAUGUCAAUGAGGCAUCCAAUAGCAAAUCGCAACCAUCGAUAUCCCUAAAAAGUUUCUCAUAAUCUAGCUUAAUGUGUAAAUCAUUAUAAUCGAUUUUGUUAUUUUAGAAUUU